AUGGCAUCGCGUGCCAUUUCCAACUAUACAGCGGACUUUUCGCCGCUUAAGUACAUUGAGCGCGCCGUCAGGAACUCGGACUGCCGAACACCCAUCAUUUUUGUGCAGCAAGACGGUGACCCGUUUCAGACCGUGUGUUACCUGGCCAAGAAGCGCGACUCCGCCGUUUGGAGCUUUGACGUGGCUCAGCUGCAGAGCAUGCAGAACGUUGCGGACUACAUCGAUGUGGGUAUCAACAAUGGCGACUGGGUGUACAUAACCAAUUGCGACCUUGUGAGUGAGUCGUACUUCCGCGAUGUUGCGCGCACCCUGUACAAGAUUCUCCCCGAGCCGCAACUCUACCCUCGCCGUGAGGUGUUCCGCUGCUUUUUUGGCGUUACCGUGCCCUUUGACCUGAACUCGCCAGUGGGUGUGCCCUUUCCUCCGCUGUUCAUGCACAGCUCCCUGGUGGCACGCCCCACCGCUGCGCAAGGCACGAAGUGGUCGCGUAUUAUGCCGGCUGAAAAGACCCUCUUUUCCGCUGCGGCGCUGAAGCACCAACAGCGUCGCGAGGCUGGCCGCGAAAGCGACAGUGAGAGCGACCUGGAUGAGGCCGACCGCAUUUCCGGAAUUAUCUUUUACCGCGCUGUGGAACGGAGCCGUGACAUUGAUCAGUCAACCGUAACGCUAGCGAAGCACGAGAUGAUGCAAGCCGUCGAAGCGCAGGAUGAUCCCCUCAUGCGACGUCUUGUGUCCUCCGGCGAGGUGGACCUGUCACGAAAGCUGAAGGACGGCAUGACACCCUUGCAGUAUGCCUGCUGCAAGGAGCUGACGGGGUCUGUGCGCACCUUGUUGUCGCUAGGUGCUGACCCCAACGCCGCCCGCGAGUCCGACGGUCGCCCUCCGCUGUUCAUGUCGAUCGACGACAUCGAGCUAGCAAAAAUGCUCGUUGAAGGCGGUGCAGACCUCUUCUCCAAAUUCGAAGGCCACCGCGCCGACACACACCCUGACACCUCCCCUGAUGUGGCAGCCUACUUAGAUAAGGAGCGCAAAUGCAUGUAA